AUGUCGACAUCUUCCAACAACCAUGAUGUUGUCUACCACGCCCAUGAAUAUGACCCUCGCAGCGACUCAGCACCAACAGCGACAGAACUCACCAUCCAGGCGAGGGUAGGUCUAGCUCUUGGUAUACUAGGAGCAAUAAUGCUCACCAUAAUCCUCACAACCCUCAUCGUCCUCCGAAUACAGCGCGGUCCAAGCAUCACUCUCCGGACACUCUUUUCCCGAAAGCCCAUUCCACCGAGGGAAGGAGACAGGGGGCGGUUAUCAUUAUCGCCGUCUUCGAAUAUUCCUUGUUCUUCUUCAUCAGAUGAAGAAUCUCAGCCACCGCCGGCAUACACCCACACCCACCCGUUGUCAGAACCGAUACCGGGAACCAAAGGAGAUAGUAUCGUCCAACAACCACAACAAGCACAUCUACCCCCCUCCCUUCGAAAAGAACUCAAUCUCCACAUCGAUACAAGCCAUACACCUACUACUGCUAUUGCUACUACGAAACCUAAACCAACACCCCUCAGGACAAUGUCUGAUACAGCGAUCCUUAGAUCAUCAUCAUCUGAGAAAGAUAAAGAGGCGCGUUCGACGUUAGAGGUGCAGAUCCACCACCAUAAUCACCCGUAUUACAAUCGACUGAGAACGGGGAGCCCUAGGUCACCUGCAGGCAGCGGUAGUGGCAAUCGAUCAGACAGAUUGUGUCCGCCGGACGAGUAUGCAGUCCCGCCGGAUAGUCCUGACGUGAUUGUUUUGCCGUCGCCGAGGGAGUUGCAGAAGUUUAGGAUUAAUGUUUAUCGAUAG